AUGAUGAGCUUCUCGCUCGCGGCGGAUGGGGCCCGGAGUUCGGCGACGGCGGCAUUGCCGGGCUCCAAGUCCCCCGCCCUCACGAUCGACGCGAUUGCAAAGGCGGGGAAGCCGAAUAAGGUUAUUCGUAAACUGGGGCGUCCGCGCGAGAAGAGCCUCGUAAAGAAUAGUUUGGACUUGGACCGGCCGAGCGUUGACCUGGGGGUCUAUUAUGCUGCCAGCAGAAGCAGCUAUGAUGCCGGCUCAGCCUCGCAUAUCUUGGCGGAUUUGACGUGGAAUUCGAGUUCGGCGAGGGGCGGCAGGAGGCCGUAUCAUCAUAGGAGUGUGAGCGGCACGAGCCAGUUCUCAUCCCGGACGUCGGGGAGUUAUAACAGAAAUGGCGGUUUCCAGCAUCCGUGGCAGCAGACGCCGAGGCCGUACACGCCACUGGGGGCGGCAAACUAUCAAGAUAUCAUUGGGGGUGAAAUGGAGAGGAAUAGGGUGUCGUUCGCAGACGAGGAGCAAUUGGGUGUUAGGUCGGGGAGUACAUUGUCGAAUUACAAUGUUGGGGGAACGCUUAACCCCCCCUUACAAGAAGUGACAGUACUUGACGCCAAACCAGGCGAGAGUUUAUCACUUACCAUCAACACCGACUCCUUAUCAACACUACCCCGAGACUCAAACCUUCCUCUAUUGAACGCAGACGCUUCUAAAUCACCAGAAUCGAACCUUGAAUCCACAGAAGAAACUUCACCUUCAAGCAGCCGAGAAAGCAUGGAUCGCAUUCGAAACAUGCGCGCCGAGGGCGGCAUUUUUGAGAAGAAGAAACCCCUCAAUGAACUCGACGUCCUUCACGAGGCCCGCCGCCGCUUUGAGGAGAAGGAGGCCAUCAAAAUCGAGCGUGCCGAUCGCGCCCACGUGAGGGCCCUUGAAAAGAAGAACCUCAAGGAGGCUCUCAAGGCAGAGGCCCUCAACCGCAAGGCGGCCAGCGAGGCCGCCGACCACGAGAAGUACGGAGGUGACAACUUUGAAUCUCCAAUGACUAUGGAAGAUUUCCUCAACGCCAACUAUGAGGAAAUCCGCGGUGCCGAGGCCCGCCACAAGAAGCGUGCAAAGCGCGCUAUCCCCAGGGACAGCGCGGCCUAUGUUGCAAAGCAUAAAGCUCACAAUGCCUGGAUGACCUUCAUGAUCUGGUUCCGCACCAGACUCCUGAAGAUCAGCAGGAAGUUUUAG